AUGUCCACCAAGAGGGGGGCGCCGGCGCCGGCCGUGGUUGGGAGCCACUUUGUCAAACAGUACUACGGCGAGGUUUUGUCCAAGAAGCCGGUGGAGUUGCACCGCUUCUACAAGGACGAGAGCACGUUCUGCCACGCGUCUGGCACCAAGGAAGAGGAGCCCGUAUCUGGCCUGGAGGAUAUCAAGGCUAAGAUUAAGCACCUCGGCCUUGGCGGCGCGACGGUUGAUCUCGGCUGCGGGUCCGUCGAUGCUCAGCCCUCCGAAGGCGGCGGAGUGCUCCUGAUGGUGACGGGCUCAAUCACCAUCGCCAACACGGACCCGCGGCAGUUCUGCCAGACGUUUUUCCUGGCUAGACAGCACCAGGACAACGACCGCCACAACUACUUCGUCCGCAACGACAUCUUCCGGUUUCUUGACGUCCUUCCGGAAGUUGUUCAGGCCGCCCUCAAGGCCCGCGACGAGGAAGACGGCUCUACCGCUCGCUCUGCUCUGCCCCCCGCUGAGGAAUCGUCGAAGCCAGAGUCUGUCGGCGAGGAGACGGUGGCGGCCGCGGUCACGCAGGUGCACGUGCAGGACACACCGGUCCCUCAGCAGACUACCGCUUCCCCUGUGGCAACGGCGGCUGUGCCCGAAUCUUCCCCGCCUGCGAUGGCGGCGGGCGCCGCUCCCCCGUCCGAGUCUCAGGUUGCGGCUUCCACUGACGCUGACGCUGACGCCGGCGCCGCCACCGCUGCGACUGCCGCUGCGACCGUGACCGCGCCUGCCGCGGUGGCGGGCUUGGACAACGGCUCGGCUGAUAAGACUCCAGCGGCAAAGGUGCCCCCCUCCCCGGUCGGCGCCAGCACCCCCGCGGAGUCCACCGAGACGGCGGCGGCGGAGGCGGCCCCUCCUGCCUCUCCACUGCCGCCCGCGGCACCGGCUGCGCCCCCGGCCCCCAUGACCUACGCGUCUCUCGCCAAGUCUUGGGCCACGGUGGCGGCGGACAGCGGCAGCGGGGUGGGGGCGGCUGCGGCGGUGGGCGCCCCGGCUUCUGCCGCGUCGCCCAGCGGCAACGGUAACGGGAUUGCCACGAGUAACGGCGGGUGGGGUGCUCCGGAUCCGGCGGCGGCGGCGGCGGGGGCGGUAGCGGGCGGGGCGGUUUUGACGAUCGAGCAGCCCGUCGGUCAGCCCGGGCCCGGCGUUGUGCAGCACGGCUCUCGGCCGUCCUCUGCGACCGGCAAGGGCCAGAAGGGACCUGGAGCGUACAUCCCCCACCACGCCUCCCCCGCGGUGGCCGCAUCUGCCGCCGCUGCCCGUGAGGCCGCUGCCGCCGGCAACGGGGAGAUCAUGCCUGCCACGUCGCUCUUCGUGCGCAAGGUGGACAUGACGAUCGACAGGGACGAAAUGAUCGCUCACUUCUCGGCUUACGGCGAGGUGACGGGCAUCAGCAUGAACCCUACCCGCGGAUACGCCUUCAUCGACUAUCGAACCAACGAAUGCGUGCAGAUCGCGCUCAGCACCAAGGAGCACUACGUCAACCGCAAGCUACUAGUUGUUGAGGAGCGCCACUCGCCCAUGGUCCAGCGCAACUCGAGGGGAGAACACGGCGGCGGCAGGGGCGGUCGCAACGGGGGCCGCGGGCGUGUGUCGAGCGGCAGGGACGGCAGGGACGGGGACCGGCGUCCCACGGGGAGGGGGGGGCGCGAUCGUCCUGAUGGCCCUAAGGACGGCGGCUACCGGGCUAGAGGACGGGCAGAGGCCUAG